AUGGAAAAUCACACAGAGCUGGUCCAUUGUGUAGUUCAACUAGCCCGUUCUUCUCCUGAUGAUCCGAUAGCCUUUCUGCACUCGCAGCUGGAGAUUGAGAAUGAGGCUGUUCGUGUGGCAUCUCUGAAUCUGCUCAGAGCUAUUGUUGGUGCUGACUUGCCCGAGACAAGACCGAAAAAGUGUCUGAUUGUGAAGGCAGUGAAAUCCACUUUCAGUGAUCAGAAUGCUACGGUGAGGAAGGCAGUUCUUCAUUUCAUCCAGAGGCUGCUCAGCUUACAAAGUGUGGAGAACUGUGCAGCUUGGGAUAUGGUAGCACAUGUUUUCACGGAGUUCAGUGUGUCCACCAGCAAACUGGCUAUUCCGGAAGAAAACACGAUCCAAACCCUGUGCACUGACAUCCUGCAAUGUCUGGACACCUCGGUCACUGGAAUGACCCAAGUGUUAUGGCCAAGGCUUCUGGAAUAUGUGGUGCCAGCUCAGUACACUGGUACUUUGAAGCCUCUCUGCAGAUGCCUUAGGGAGCUGGCUGAGAAAAAGCAGCAGGAAGGAGAAGAAGCUGCUUGCCUUGACUACGGUGGACCAGUGAAACUCCCUACACCCCAGGGGCUGCUGGCACGACUCCUGGUAGUAGCCUCGUCCCCUAAUGCAGGAGAAGGACACGGAUGUGCUGCCUUGCAGUUACUACAGGCCCUGCACCAAAAUAUCCAUGCAGCAGUGGGUGAGAUGUGGGUAGUAAAGAUCCCAUCUCUGCUGCAGUACAUUGAAGGAAACACAGAGAAUUCCCUGGACCACGUGCAGUGGGAGCACAUGCUGCUUCAGUUCCUAAGAACAUCUCUGGGGAUGAUAGACGACAGUGCCUGGAGCAGCCAGAUGAGCCUUGAGUUGAACCAGCAGAUGGCCAGCUAUGCCAGCCCCUCCCUUGAGAAGAGUUUCCUGUAUAAGGCGCUAGGAACGUCCUUAGCAGUUUGUCAGGACCGGGUCCAUGUUAAAUCACAGCUUCAUCAAUUUUUGACAGCAACAGAUUAUAUGGAAGCCCCUGAGAGACAGGGAGUCAUUUCCAUCCUCGCACUCUCUGCUGAGAGCCACUUGGACCUCACCCUGAACGCACUUCAGGAGUUUGGGGCUACAGUGAGCAAGGUUACGAUUCCUGGGUUCAUCAGCCGCCAGAAGGACUACCACCAUGGGAGAAGAGGCCAGACUCGCAGCACCCUGAUGCUGACCUACAGCAGCGUGGCUGUCCAUGCUCCAAAAGACCAGCUUCUCUCCCGAGUAGAGGCAGACAUCACAAAGAACAUCCUUCUCCAUUACAGAGCCAGUUGUCAGGUGCUGGGCAUCACUGUUGCGAACAAGGACAUGAACCUAAAAUUAACCCUCAUCCAGAAUGUCAUGGAGAUUAGCUGUGCCAUCUUGGAGACCAGAGACUCCCAAGAGUUCGAAUUCUCAUACAAACUGGAGCUCCUUGGCUACAUGCUGGACUUCAUUAAAACGGAACCACUGGAUUCCCUGACAUCUCCAGUUCGCUACAAGGCAGUUCUUGCCAUUGGACAUCUGAGCAAGCUCAAACCAUCUCUGACCAUGGAGGAAAACCGUGAGCUCCUUGGUCAGUGCUUCAAAAGUUUAUUUCCCCUUCCUCCCUUGGAGAAGUUGAAAGAGGAAUGCGAGACAGCAAAGGAUGCUCUGCAUAUACAAUCACUCUACGUGAGAUCCUUGGAAGCCCUUGGCAAGCUAGUGGAGACUUUGCUGGAGGAAGAACCAACCGCAGACUGGUUCCAGGAAAUGUUUGAUCUCCUCAGGACAUGGUUCAGUUCGGGGAAGGAGUGGGAGAGAGAACGGGCCUUGCAGGCCAGCACCCAGCUGCUGACUGCCUAUCUAGGGACAGUUCAUAGCACAUAUGAUCCCGAGCUUUCGUCACGGCAGUUUGGGGUUGAGCUCUCCCGACUGACCAAUGAGGAGCAAGCGGUGCCACUGGUGGUGGAGAAGCUCAUAAACUACAUUGAAAUGCAUGGAUUGUACACCGAGGGCAUUUACAGGAAGUCAGGCUCAACCAGUAAGAUAAAGGAGCUCCGACAGGGUCUUGAUACAGAUAUUGACAAUGUGAAUCUAGAUGACUACAAUAUUCAUGUCAUUGCCAGUGUGUUCAAACAGUGGCUGAGAGAUUUGCCCAAUCCCCUCAUGACCUUCGAACUCUACGAGGAAUUUCUGCGAGCUAUGGGCCUGCAGGAGAGGAAGGAGACCAUCCGAGGCGUGUACUCUGUCAUUGAUCAGCUCUCUCGCACCCACCUCAGUACCCUGGAACGCCUCAUCUUUCACCUUGUGAGGAUUGCCCUGCAGGAAGAGACCAAUCGAAUGUCAGCUAAUGCCCUGGCCAUUGUGUUUGCUCCCUGUAUUCUCCGCUGUCCUGACACAACUGACCCACUGCAGAGCGUUCAGGACAUCAGUAAAACAAUCACCUGUGUGGAGUUGAUUGUCGUAGAGCAGAUGAAUAAAUACAGGGCUCGUCUCAAGGACAUCAACAGCCUGGAGUUUGCUGAGAACAAAGCAAAAAGCAGGCCGUCUUUGAUCCGCAGAUCAAUGACUCAGGAAACUUUUCAUCAGUUUGGAUCUCUGAUUGGAGCAAUAGCACCAUACAGCUGUGAUUCACUGGCCACGUCUCGUCAGUGGGUGUUUGACUGUAUCAGCUGCCUUCUCUGUAUACAAGGCCAGCCCAUGAACCUGGGGUCAGCGGAAGAGGAGCUGAGAUGUCUCCGUGAAGAACUAACAGCAGCUCCGGACCCCGAGGCUCUGUUUCAGGCAUCUUCCAAAAUGGCCAGGGUUGUUAGUGAGUACUUUCCCCCAGAACAGGCCACAGCCUUUAUUGAGGCCACAGUGGAAAGUAUGCUGUCUGCCAGCCCCACCUGUGCCACGGCAGCUGGACUGUGGAUGAAGGUUAUACUGAAGGAGUGUGGAGAUGCCAUGCUUGAUAAGGUGCCAGCUAUUGUGGAUAUAAUAUAUAGCCACAUGGCUACUAUCCAGGAGGGCAGCUUGAGGCAAUUCCUGCUGGAGGCAGUGUCUAUUUUAGCUCACCAUCACCUAGAGGCAGUGAUCUCCAGCCUACUCAGCAACCAUCUGCCGAUGGACAGUUACACCAGUGAGCUGUGGAGAUCUCUGGGGGGAGACCCCUUGCUUGCCACUCAGGUCCUACAGGUCCUAAUAGAAAAAAUAAAGACGUCAACAAGCCAAGAAGAAAGCAUCACCUCAGAGACUGAAACUGACAGGCAUUUGGCAGCUGCUGAACCUCUCUCAGCAACAUGUGCCAUCUUUGAGGUGGUGUCAGCACAGCAGUCGAGCAAAGCUGUGCAGGAGCUGCUCCCAGAGUUGUUUCCUGUUCUCCUGCAGCAGGUCAGCCGAACCUCAGGACAAAAGAUGCCAUUGCCAAGGAUAAUCACCAGGAGCCUAUUCCAAAAAGACCAACAACAUACUGAGGGCAACCCUUGCCGGUUUUCUGUCCAAGCGUUAGAAUCUGUGCUUUCUAAAGCUGGGAAUGAGAGACUGGUGAGAGUGCUCAGGACGCAGAAAACAUGGAUUCUGCUUGAAAACCCCCAGACUCACCAUGAGGGAGUGUGUCUGCUGGUGAGUGGUCUGCUAAGAUUUGGACUAAUAACACUUGAGAUCAUCCAGAGCCUCCUCCCCUGGGUGAAUUCCCCAAUGGAAAACUUCCGAGUCACCGGCACAGCUUUCCUUGCCCAGCUAAUGACUGAUCCCAUGCUCAGGGAGAAGAAGUUGCUUAAGAGUGUCUUGCGCAUCUUGGAAGAAAGGUCACAGGAUAGGAACAGCAUUGUCCGUCAGAUGGCUGUAAGAGGCCUGGGAAAUAUAGUCAAUGGGGCGCCUGUGAAGGUGAAAAAAUACAAGAAGUUUCUUCUGGACAUACUGAUCGGGGCCUUACAUGACGUUUUCAGUUCUGAAGUGAUUGGUGAGAGCAUGAAAGCACUGGCCAAAGUCCUGAAGGAGCUGAAAGAGAAGGACAUUGGUUCUUCCUUCAAAAACCUCACCGAACAGAUCCGGGCCUACUUUGACGAUGAGAAUGAUGGUCUUCGCUCAGUGGCCUUUGUCCUAUUUGGCAUCCUGGCUCAGUUGACAAAGAAAAAAUGGAAGGCCUAUUUCGCUGAGCAGGUUCGAAAGAGCUGGGUCAUACUUCUGCUGCACCUGCAAGACCCAAGCCCCGAGGUUUCAAUGGAAUGCAGAGCUACAUUUCACCUCUGUUUCCCGUUUUUGGGACUGAAGAGACUCCAGCAUGCGAUCAAUAAGCACCUUGGUGGCAGAGCCGAGCUGAAGCCUGAAGAGCUCCAGGUGGACAUUUGCAGACACCUUGCCAAAGAAAAUGCAGAGCUGCUGAAGAACUUGUAUAGCACAACCAUCGCGUCCUUCAGUAGCAGCUGGGAAGGGAUCCGGGCAGGUGCCGCCAACUUAGCUGGCAUCAUCCUGGAACACACAGACACUCAGCGUGUGAAAUGGCUGGACCUGGAACAUCUGCUGAUGUCUCUCCGGGUCCUAGAGAAAGACCCAAGUCCCACUGUCCAGCUGGUGGCAACUGAGCUCAUAAGUGACAUCUGUCCUGGCCGAGCGCUUGGCGAAUGAAGCAGAACGGAGACAAACAGAACAAGGCGCUCCAGUGGUGCUGGCUAUGUAUCUCACAAACAAGAUCAUAUGUAAAUAACCCAGCUCCAGAUUUUGUAUAUACUGUGUACAUAUUUCUUACUAAACUGUUUGAAGUAUCUGUUUCAA